AUGAGUGACAAGGAGGUUGUGCCUCCCGAGCAUUAUGGGUUGGAAGGGAAUUGGGGCGCGUGGACCCCAGAUAUUGUGGUGGGCAUUGACUUUGGCAUGACUUAUACUGGUGUUGCUUACUCCUCUGCACCUGAAUGGCUUCCGCCAAAAACCAUACAGCGUUGGCCAGGAAGAUUGCCAGGAGAGCUUUCCAACAAAGUACCUACCUGCAUUGAAUAUGACAAGCACGGCGGGUUAAAAGAAUGGGGUUUCCAGUGCGAUCAAGAGGAGAAGUCUUUGAAUAUCAAGGAAUUUUUCAAACUGCACCUCGCGCCUCAAUACCAUGAUGACUAUCCUGGGGCUCCAACUCGCGCCGAAGCUCAGAAAUGGUUCCAGGACUAUGUCCAUUGCGUUUAUCAACAUGCGAUUUCUCACUUCACCAAUACCAUUCCGCAUUUUUCUUCGCGUAAUGUUGAGUUUCUCUUCAGCGUACCGACCACCUGGAAGGACGUACGGAUGGUUGAAGAAACGAGGAGCCUUCUCGAAACAGCGAUCAACGCUAAAACACCGAAUCAUCGCGUUUCCAUAGGCCUCACUGAGGCUGAGGCUGCGGCAGUCUAUGCUGGUAAUGAACAUUAUCAGACAGAUGACACGAUUUUAGUCUGCGAUGCUGGUGGAGGAACUACUGAUGUGAAUGUUCUCAAGCUCAUUUCGUCCAGGGGAGAGCCGACAAGACUUGAACAGCUUGGGCAUGUUGAAGGACAGCCCAUUGGUUCAACGUUCAUUGAUAGACAAAUCUACGACCUGAUAUUCGCAAGAUUGCAAAAGGCGCACGAUGAGCUGGGUCUUCCACCAAACGAAACAGCAUGGAGAAUGAUAUCAGGCCGAUUCCAACGAUUAAAGUGCGCGUUCGGGACAGACGCCUCUGCAACACCCUGGCUGAAGCUUGAUGUUCCGUCGUCAGACUCCAACUUGACCCACCCCGCUGCCGAGAUAUAUGAUGGACAGAUGCGGAUUUCAUGGGACGAUCUGAAAAAAGCUUUCGAUUUGAAGAUUGAUGAGAUGAUCACCCUCAUGGAUGGGCAUAUCCGACAAAUGCAUUCCAAAUAUCCCGAGGAUAGCAUUACAUAUUUGGUUCUAUCGGGAGGCUUUGGAAGUUCUCCAUAUUUAAGGCAGCGUCUUAUGGACCGAUACAAUAACUCCAAAGACCAUCCAAACGCCGUUGAUAUGCAGAUUCUCGUCGCUGAUGAACCACAGCUGGUAGUAGUCCAUGGCCUGGUCUUGGAUCGAAUCCAGCAAAUCAAACGGGGAGUUGUCACUUUCGGAUCGCGAUGCUCUCCCGUAAGUUACGGCAUUGUCUGUGACAAGCCUUAUAAUGCAGAGAAGCACAUCGGACAACCAGUACGACUUGACCCACGAGACAAAGUAACCUACGCAAUCAACCAGGUCGACUGGCUUGUUAUUCAGUCUAUCCCAAUUCCGCACACAGGAUUGGCCAAGAGCUUCCAAUUGAAGAUGGAUAAAGGUCGCGAAAAUGACCCUUGGAAAGUCAGCGUCGUCAUGUCAACUCUUCCGCCUGAUGAACUCCCCUCCAGCUUGAGCCAUAGGGGUGUUCAGAGAGUUUGCGAUCUCGACAUUUCAACUGAGAAGGUUGACAAAAAGUUGAAAAACAGGCAUUGGUACAAUACGAAGCCCACAUUUUGGAGGACGGUUUUCGAUGUAAAAGUCGUAGUCGGACCUGCCGAUCUCUCCUUUCAGCUCUGGUCGCGCGAUAGAAUGAUUCGGAGCACUGGGCAUGAUGCUAUUGCGGUUAAGUGGAUGCCAGCUGCGGGACUUGAUAAUUAA